AUGGGGUAGUGGCGUGUGGGAGGGCACGGAGGCCCACGCCAAUGAGGAGCUACGGCGCGCGACCGGGACUUGGAGGCGGUGCGGCGCGGCGGGUGCGGUUCAGUCGAUCAUCGGCGGCGGCGGCGGCGGAGUAGGAUGUGGGCCACGCAGGGGCUGGCGGUGGCGCUGGCUUUGAGCGUGCUGCCGGGCAGCCGGGCGCUGCGGCCGGGCGACUGCGAAGUUUGUAUUUCUUAUCUGGGAAGAUUCUACCAGGACCUCAAAGACAGAGAUGUCACAUUCACACCAGCCACUAUUGAAAACGAACUUAUAAAGUUCUGCCGGGAAGCAAGAGGCAAAGAGAAUCGGUUGUGCUACUAUAUUGGGGCCACAGAUGAUGCAGCCACCAAAAUAAUCAAUGAGGUAUCAAAGCCUCUGGCCCACCACAUCCCUGUGGAGAAGAUCUGUGAGAAGCUUAAGAAGAAGGACAGCCAGAUCUGUGAGCUAAAGUAUGACAAGCAGAUCGACCUGAGCACAGUGGACCUGAAGAAGCUCCGAGUUAAAGAGCUGAAGAAGAUUCUGGAUGACUGGGGGGAAACAUGCAAAGGCUGUGCAGAAAAGUCUGACUACAUCCGGACGAUAAAUGAACUGAUGCCUAAAUAUGCCCCCAAGGCAGCCAGUGCACGGACUGAUUUGUAGUCUGCUCAAUCUCUGUUGCACCUGAGGGGGAAAAAAACAGUUCAACUGUUUGUUUGUUCCCAAAACAGCCUUUUUGUAAUUUAUUUUUUAAGUGGGCUCCUGACAAUACGGGAUCAGAUGUGAAGCCUGGAGCUUUCCUGAUGAUGCUGGCUCUACAGUACCCUAAUGAGGGGCUUCCCUUCCUUCUGUUGCUGGUAUACUCAAGGACUUCAAAGUGUGUCUGGGAUUUUUUUAUUAAAGGAAAAAAAAUUUCUAGCUGUUCUUGGAGAAUUAAAGUGAGUACUGAAAUAGG